AUGUUUUUACUUCAAGGACAGUUUCUUCUUGAAAUAUGCGAAAUAUACAUUUCGCAACACAUCCUUGCAUUCUUUGUCGGUCCUAAAUUGUCUAUAACCGUCCAAUCUAACGGUGCUACAAUUGCAGCUCAAUCUUUCACCAACUACUUCCUCUUGUGCUUUGUCUACUGCACGGCGCUGUCGUGCAAGACCGGUGAGCAGGGCCUGCUGGGUGUCCUGCGACGGCGAGGCCUGCAGUACUUCAUCCUAGCUCUUAUUGACGUCGAAGCCAACUAUAUGAUAGUCUAUGCAUAUCAGUUCACGAAUAUCACCAGUGUGCAGCUCCUCGACUGUUCGACCAUUCCAACGGUUUUACUACUUUCAUGGUUGUUUCUUUCAGUACGGUAUUUGAUAUCUCAUAUAAUAGGAGUUUGUAUAUGUUUGAUAGGCAUAGCUUGUUUAAUUUGGGCCGAUAUUUUAGAUGAGAAGGGAACUAUUGGAGGUAACCAACGAGUUGUUGGUGAUUUGCUCUGUCUUGGCGGUUCCCUUCUGUACGCUGUGGCUAAUGUUUCCGAGGAGUUUCUUGUGAAGCAGCAUAGUCGCAUGGAGUACCUUGGAAUGGUUGGCCUGUUCGGAUCGCUCAUCUCUGGUGUACAACUGUAA